AUGGCACCUUUGAAUGAUCGUGACCCACGAGGUUCCGAUUCGACAGCUACCAGAAAAAACCGAUGGAACCAACUGAAAACACAGAACACAGAUGGGACUUUGACUGGAUUGCCUCUAUCUGCUUGGAAACUAGAUGAAGAUCGCACACAUCUUUGUGACGAAAUAUGUUCGGGAUCAGGGUUUCUGGAUGUCUUGAGAUUCUUACUAUGGUGUGCCAUUGGAUACUAUGCUACUCGGUGGUUGAAUCUCGGCUUUGAGAAGUUGGACGCAUCUCGUUUGAUUGAGCUUAUUCAAUCCAUUUGCAUGGGCCUUUCCCUGGGCGGCAUCCUGGGAGCCUUUUACAUCAGAAACUGGUGGAUACUGGGCCUGUGUGUUGGUGGAGCUAUGAGACUGAUUCAAAGAGAUCUGGACUCUGACCAUGAUUGGAACAGCUGUGGGAUAGGGCAUGUGCGUGGCACCUAUACCUGGAACCAGAAAUUUGUGCAGUAUUCCAGUCCAUUUGCAGCUCUUUGGUUCGUGGUGACAUCAGAAGCGCUCGAUCGCAUUUGCAAACUCAAGAAAACUUGUGGAGCUUCAGAUGACGAUAACUGGAAAUAUGUUGAAUACGUCUUUGGACGGCCUUCUAAACAUUUGGUUGGUGCCCCCCAGAUUUGGGGUCAGUCGCCUCAAGGGAAGCUCCUGGUCCUUGGAGUUGAAUCGGUUUCCAACGAGAAGCCUUUGGAUCUUGACUUCUAUGGCCUUUACGAGGCUGAGGAUUCUGACUCAGAAUCAGAACAUUCCGAGUCAUCUGACUUUGAGAGCAAAAUGCGGAAGGAACAUCAUCCUGGCACUAGUAGAACGGCGCUCUCUUGCAUUGAUUCCUCCAGUGAGGAUCUUGAAGAAUCUGUCGUCACUGGAGAAGCAGCGAAAGAGCUCGAAGGCGUGACGGUGAUGUUAAUCUACAGCCCAGAUGGCCAUCAUGUUCUUGAGCCUUUGUCAGUGCUGGAGGAAGACGGGGAAUGGCAUCUGAGACUUGCGGUGCCGCAAAAUGGAAGGCAAGAUCGGAACCAGUACCGAAAGAUUCUUAAGGCUGGUGAUGCCAAAGAGCCCAUUCUUCUCUUUAUUCCGAGUGAGUCAAGGCAAAGACCACCGAUGCUUUUGUCAACGGAUGCAAGCACCAUGCAGCGCAGGCAUCCCAUUACAUUGUGCACUUUGUGCAUUUUGCCUGUGCUCCUGCUGGGCAUUUGCGCUGCAGUUCAGCACGGAAGCAGUUUUAGUGCUUUGUUUCUGGUGCUGCCUGACCUGGCGGAAGCGGUCCUUCACCGUGGUUGGCAUGCCAUGACAAACAUGCCGGACAUCUGGCACAAAGGUUGGUCCUGCGUGCAUGGAAGCGACCAGAUCAGGACAGAGGUAGCACUUUUUACAUCGACUUUCUUCUUUGUGGGUUGCCAGGCUGUUCUGGUUCUUGCCUGCUACCACCUUCAUGUAGCCAAGAAUUCCUUGCAUGCUCUCAAUGAUUUGUUGCUUUUUUACAACCAAGAGGAACCAGAGUACCAGGCCCUGCUGCUGCAAAAAUUGUACCAGAUCCGCGAGAGGGUCAGCAACAAGCGGUGCUUGCGUCAUUUUGCAAGCCACGCCUUUCCACAAAGUCUCAAACCAGACAAAAGUCUGAUUUGGUGGUUCCAGACUCGAGCAGCCCUCUUUGCAGAUAUCAAGUUCAAUUUGGAGAAGCGAAACGUGAUCCUUUUGCUAUGCUUAUUCCUUUCACUGGCCUCGGGUUUGCUGGCCGCCACGGCACAUUUCAGUCAAGACAAGUUCAGCAACAUGUGCUAUGCUGUUGCGCAUGGGUUGGUCUCUGCCAUAAUCUUGCUUGUUUAUGUAGUCUUGGGCAACUUGGUGAACAUUGAGCUUCAAAGUGGCAUGGACCAACUUCAACGUUUAUGUAUGACGGAAGGACAGGAGAAACCUGAAGACACAGAUGCCGAUGGGGCGCUUAGCAGGCAGAGUUCACGAUCUGUUGCGGCACGCCUUGAUGAAGGCUUCUUGUCACCCCUCAGGUCUAACCCAAAACCAGAACCAGAACAAGUGUGCCGGCACCUGGUUCAGUAUUCCAUGCACAAGCCCUACAGCCUCAAAUUCUUUUGCUUUACUCUUACCAUGGGCUGCGUUUCGGUGGCAGCGACACCUUUGCUAAGCAUCGCCGGCGGUUUGAUGAUCUGGGCUUUGAAACGUGCCGGCUUGGACUUUGUGGAGUACAUCACAUGA